CACCUCUUCUAUAUAUACCGUCUUCCUCUGCCGCUUUAUCCCCCACCGUCUCCAUCCAUCGCUGCCCAACUCUCUCCCGCUUUCUGAUAGUUUCUCUCGAUCCUUCUUUCCUCUCUCUAUCCAUUGUUCUCUCUCUCUCUCUCUCUCUCUCUCUCUCUCUCUCGGCGGUGUUAGAAAUAGAGAAGACGACCGCGAGAAUGGCGUACUCGACAGUUGCGUUGGCGUUGAUGUUCGCUUUGGUGGCCGGAUCGGCCAUCGCUCAAUCUCCGGGAGCCGCGCCGACUACUUCUCCAGUUGCCUCGCCCCCCAAGGUGUCGGCGGCGCCAACUCCGUCCGUGAAACCACCGACCUCCUCUCCAACCUCUGCUCCGACCAUCUCGCCGCCGACCGCGUCUCCGGUUUCCUCUCCCCCUUCUCCUCCCACUGGCCCCGUCUCGUCUCCCGCAGGCACGCCCCACCUGUCUCCGUCCCCGAUCUCAUCUCCCGGCCCGUCCCCGACCUCCACUCCGGGUAACUCGGCCGUGCUGAAUGGAGUCACUCUUUCCGGCUCCGCUGCCGUGAUGUUCUUCGCCGCGACGUUGUUGCUGUAGAUCUGAUCUGGAGUUCCUUCGCUCCGGCAGAGUUGAAGAGCUAGGGUUUAUAUCUCAUAUUUUGGUUUCGAUUUUAUUUUUUCGUUUUCCACUUUUGAUAUUUGAUUACAGUGACUGUUGGUGAUGGCGGUGGUGUGAUUUUCACUAUUGUUACAUUGCAUUUGGCAGAUUUACAGUUGAUUUGCUUUAUCACGAUGAAUUAUGAUGAAUUCUUUUAUAUAUA